AUGACCCUCACAGCCAACAAAUUCACCCCCGAGGUGAUGCUCUCGGCACCUCGACGAUCGUCGGGAGUGCCCAAUGCCUCGGGGACGCUGGUUUUGUAUACGAUGUCCACAUACUGCUUCGAGGAGCACAAGAACUCUCCCCAGAUCCGAAUUCUCGAAAUCGACUCUGGGAACUCGAUCACCGUCUUCGAAGGGACUGGCGCGAGCGAGCCUGUCUGGGUUGAGGAUGAAGUGGUUCUCUAUCUUAAGAGUGGGGACAACGGCAACACCACGCUGGUCGCCUGGACUAACGGAUCCGAGCCAUAUGAAGUUGGAUCGGUCAAGGGCCCCAUCUCCAAUCUGAAGGUCAAGAAGCUCUCGGACGGCACCGUGGCUUUUGUCUGUUCGGCUGCGACAACCUCCCAAGGAAAACUGCACAACCCCGAGGCGGAGAAGAAGCCGCAAUCCAGUGCCAAAGUCUACACCAACCUCUUCGUCCGUCAUUGGGAUUCUUGGAACUCCGAGAACGCCAGUUCCCUCUUCUACGGUGUGAUCGAUAAGAAAGACGACAAGUAUUCACUCCGAGAUAACGCCCUCCACAAUGCUCUGGCGGGGACUAAGCUCUCCUCCCCUGUGCCGCCGUUCGGAGGCACCGGUGAUUUUGAUAUUGGCCCGUUGGGGUUGGUGUUCGUGGCCAAAGACCCGGAGCUCAGCCCGGCCAUCUACACCAAGACGGACCUCUACUACAUCCCCCUGAAAACCUUCACCGAACCCAACCCGCCCUCCCCACAAAUCGUCAAGACACCCGGCCUCGAAGGCUACUCCAACGGUCCCGUCUUUUCCCACUGCGGCCGCAAGGUCGCCUUCACCCGCAUGCGCAGCAACCAACGGAGGAGUUCUAUGCCACCGACGACGGCAACGGGCGGCUGGGACAGCCGCCCAGAGUCCAUCCUCUGGAGCCACGACGACGCCAGACUCUACGUCACGGCCGAGGACCGCGCCCGCACCCUCAUCUUCUCCCUCCCCUCCACCCCCUCACAAGCCGGCACGUCCCUCCCCACCGCCAUCAAAACCCCCGACGGCAGCGUCCGCGCCCUCUACCUCUUCGCGGACCCCUCCAACAAAACAGCCUCCCAAACCGCCAAAUCUCACCACCUCUUCAUCACCACCGCCUCCCUCAUCGACAACGCCUGCUACUCCGUCACCGACCCCGCCACCGCCACCUCCACCGUCCUCUUCUCCGCCUCCAAGCACGGCAAAGCCUUCAACCUCUCCCCCAACUCCAUCUCCACCAUCACCGUCCCCGGCCCAGGCGGCGCCGACUCCUACCCCAUCGACGCCCUCGUCAUCCGCCCCUCCACCUACUCCCCCUCCGACGCCGAAAACAACAAAAAGAAAUACCCGCUCUGCUUCCUCAUCCACGGCGGGCCCCAGGGCGCCUGGCAGAAUUCCUGGUCCACCCGCUGGAACCCGGCUGUUUUUGCGGAACAGGGCUAUGUGGUCGUGUGUCCCAACCCGACGGGUAGCACGGGCUAUGGCAUGGCGCUGCAGGACGGGAUUCGCGGGGAGUGGGGGGGCAGGCCGUACAAUGAUCUGGUGAGGUGUUUUGAGUGGGUGGUGGAGAAUAUGGGCGAGGUGGAUGGGGAGAGGGCGGUCGCGUUGGGGGCGAGUUAUGGCGGGUUUAUGAUUAACUGGAUCCAGGGCCACCCGCUCGGGCGCAAGUUCAAGGCGCUGGUGUGCCACGACGGCGUGUUCAGCACGCUGAACCAGUGGUGUACCGAGGAGCUGUUCUUCCCCAUCCACGACUUUGAGGGCACCCUGUACGACAACCGGCCUGCGUACGAGAAGUGGGAUCCUGCGCGCUUUAUCGACCAGUGGGCGACGCCGCAGUUGCAUGGCCAUGGCCACGACCACGCCGAGCAGACCAUCCACAGCGAGCUGGACUACCGCCUGCCCAUCACCGAGGGCCUGGCCGCGUUCAACGUGCUGCAGGCGAGGAACGUGCCGAGCAAGCUGCUCAUGUUCCCCGACGAGAACCACUGGGUGCUGAAGCACGAGAACUCGCUCGUCUGGCAUCGCGAGGUGCUCGGCUGGAUUAACAAGUAUUCCGGCAUUGAGGAGGAGCAGAGGCUGGCGGAGGGGACGGAGAAGCUGAAGGUAUAA